UGACGCCACAGCUCCAACUGGUCUUGGAGAACGGAUAUCAGUCAGACCCAUCGUCAGUGACGGCGUUCUGGCGGGGUUUCGUCGAGAAUGAGAGCGUCAUUGCCGAGUUCCGCGCAUGCGUGUGGGAUGGGUCCAGGUGCAUAUACGGACCGGUUUCGACUGGAAUAGCUACCAGCUUGAUGGCCGGCAAUCUCUCCCUUUCGCCGAACUCUACCUACUCUGUCCGUGUGGAGGCGUGCAACGGAGCCGGUCUUUGGAGCGACCCUGCAUUCUCAAACGGUUUUAGGGUGGAUAUCACGCCACCCGUGCUGAAAGGGAUGAUUUUUGGGACAGGAGGUUCUAUUGCGAAAGCGUCUGUGACAGAAGAAAAGCUCAGCUGGACGUUCGUGGAUACGGAAUCGCCGGUUGUGGAAUAUAUGGUGCAGCUCGGUAGUUCCCCGGAAGGAGCUCAGAUCCUUCCGCUGACCUCGGUGGGACGACAAUCUUUCCUGCCCUUGAACGGACUUGAAUUCGCUCACAACUCCACGGUCUACGCGAUGGUUAUUGCCAGAAAUGCCGCAGACCUCAGAGGGGUCGGAACGUUUGGGCCCGUACUCAUCGACCUCACACCUCCUGUGUUGCAAUCUCCCGUCACGGCAAUGGACGGCAAUGACGUUGUCAAUGUUGUGGACAGCGUGCAAAUUAACGCGCGGUGGUCCUUCGUGGAUUGGGAAACAGAUAUCGUCGAAUACAAGGUCGCCCUUGGGAGUCCAUCUGACAGAGAAAGCUACCGAAACUUCGCGUCUGUUGGAAUGAACAGCAUGAUACGCAAUGUGACGGUGGAGGUUGUAGAGGGAGCGCAGAUGGUUGUGUCUGUCAUCGCGGUCAAUGCAGCUGGCUUGGAAGCCAAUGCUACAUCCCAAACUGUUCGAUUUACAAAAGCACCUCCCAGCAACUGCUCCAUCAUUCUGCUGGACGAGCAGUUGCGGGCUCUGACGGACGCCGCAAUUUACAAAGGCAUCACCUACUUGUCACCUCAAACAGACAUCAAGGCACAACUGUCUUGCUCGGCAGCCACGCUCGCUGACAUUGCAGACAUUUCCUUCCGCCUCGCGAAAGAUGGUGGUCAGAUGUUCGACUGGGUUCCGAUUGGCCCCCACGAUAUCUUGACGAUUGAGAGCGGCGGAUUACCGAAACUGGACACAAUGACUCUGGAAGUUCGGGCGAACAACGCCGCCGGUUUAUGGAGCGACUUCCGCUCCGCUCCGUUCAGGAUAUCCAGUCAACAACCGGUUCCUGGCGCCGUCACCCUCGAGUGGAGGAACGGCACCGACGCAGCGAGCGCCAAGAAUCUUGUGGUUGCGAUCUCAGCUUUCAAAGAUGCUAAUGCCCCGACAUACCCCGUCAAUCAUACGUUGGGAGUUUUUUCAAGCGAUAGUGUGGGCGCUUACAAUAUCUACAGCUUGGAAGCCUUGAAGCCCGAUUCGACGGGUAGCCUUGCCCCGGUGGUCAUUCCGGUGACUUCCAGUGCGAAAGGAAGGAACUUCACAGCAGUUGUGAGGGGUGUUGGCUUGCUAGGACUUGAGACCAGAGUGAUUACUAUGCUUCCGGGCGCUUGAUCGCUGGUGCACACACCAAUGCUUCAUGUUACGAAUAUUUCGAUUUUAGAUGACAUUUUGCGAACAAAAAUAAUAUUUAAUUA